AUCGUGUGCGCAGUGCAUGCGCAGUGACAGCCUGCGUGUUUGCAGCGCAGCCAUCGUCAGAAGCCGAAUAACGGAGUGCAGGGAGUGUUGAGACAGCGGCGAGCUGACGGAGCAGCAAACACAGCGGGACGUUUCACUGAGCCUCAGAUGAUGACGUGACCUGACACCUGCACAGGUGUGGCUGCCUCAGCUGUCAGUGAUGGAGGACCUGUGGUGUGUGGCUGCAGGUGUUUUCCAGGUGUGGAUGUUUGUGGUGGUGUUUCUCAUCAUGCUGCCCGCCAUGUUUGGCCUCUCUCUGGGGGUCACAGGCGUCUACAUCCAGAUCCUCGUCAGAAUCCUGGAGUGGGCCACGUUACGGAUCCAGAGAGGACGGCAGGAGCGGCCCAGCGUGCCGGUGCCUCUGCCCAAUGGGAUCAUUGAGCGAGCGGGGGGCUCGAUGCAGGAAGAGAUGGGGCCACUGCAGAGCUCUCGGUCCCUGUCCGGCAGGGAGUUUGCUCUGAGUGACGCCUUCUACUUCUGCAAGAAGGGUUUGGAGAGCAUCGUGGACGACCAGGUGACGCAGCGCUUUUCCUCCGAGGAGCUGGCCUCCUGGAACCUCCUCACCAGAACCAACCAGAACUUCCGCUACAUCAGCCUCCGCCUCACCGUCAUCUGGGGCUUCGGGGUCUUCGUCCGUUACUGCGUCCUCUUCCCUCUCAGGAUUACCUUGGCCAUCAUUGGCCUCUCAUGGCUUGUGAUCGGAACAGUUCUGGUCGGAUUUCUGCCUGAGAGCAGUGUGAAGAACUGGCUGAGCGAGCUCGUCCAUCUGACCUGCUACAGGAUCUGUGCCAGAGGACUGUCCGCCACCAUCCAGUACCACAACAGAGAGAAUAAGCCUCAGAAAGGGGGAAUCUGUGUAGCCAAUCACACCUCUCCGAUCGACGUCGUGAUCCUGGCCAAUGACGGCUGCUAUGCCAUGGUGGGUCAGAUCCACGGAGGUCUGAUGGGGGUCAUCCAGAGGUCGAUGGUGAAGUCAUGCCCGCAUGUUUGGUUCGAGAGGUCGGAGAUGAAAGACCGACACGCCGUGACCAGCAGGCUCAGAGCUCACGUUGCUGCCAAGACCAAACUUCCCAUCCUGAUAUUUCCUGAAGGAACCUGCAUCAACAACACGUCCGUCAUGAUGUUCAAGAAGGGAAGCUUUGAGAUCGGAGGGACGAUUUAUCCGGUCACAAUCAAAUACGACCCGCGCUUCGGUGAUGCGUUCUGGAACAGCAGUAAAUACAACAUGGUCAGCUACCUGCUGCGGAUGAUGACCAGCUGGGCCAUUGUGGUCAACGUGUGGUACCUCCCUCCAAUGACCAGACAGAACGGUGAAGAUGCAGCUCAGUUUGCAAACAGAGUGAAAUCUGCCAUCGCUGAUCAGGGAGGACUGCUGGACCUGGCAUGGGACGGAGGACUGAAGAGAGGAAAAGUGAAGGACUGGUAUAAAGAGGAGCAGCAGAAGAUGUACAGCAGCAUCAUCGUGGGACAGAACGGCUUCAACUCACCGGCACCCUGCAGCGGCCCGGAGCAGCAGUGAUACCGGUCCUGCUGGUGGUUCUGGACAAUCGAUACCCAGCCACAUGUGGACUGGAUGAACUCUGAUCGACUCUUUUAAACUUUCAAAGUCUCAUUUUACGGUUUAAAACGACAUCAACUCUAUAUUUUAAUCUUUUUUAAAGUGGCGUGUGUGUAGGAGUGUGUGUCCACCAGCAGGAGGCAGUGCAGGACAACACAGCAGUCCUCUUCUUCCUCUUCCUCUUCCUCUUCCUCUGCCUGUCAUUAUUGUAAAUGUCUCUGUGUUUUAAACCAGCUGCUGUGUGGAUCUGAUGACUGAAACAAAAUGUUAAUGACUGUAAAAAAAUCUUCAUUCACAUUUCGGUUCUCUUUGUUACGUUGUGACAUCAGAGAUACAGACGAAUCUGAAAAUGAUGACGGAGGAGAAGAAAUAUCUGUUCUUCACUCCUGCAGGGACUUUUACUGCCUGACAUUUUCAUCAGCAGACGUCAUGUUAUAUUUUAUACUGAUUGAAACGACUUCAGGGUUGUUACAGCUUCUGUGUCUGUCUGAAGAGAAAAACAACAAUCAUGAGAUUCAUCAUUAAAUACAUGAAUCUGAAAAAACACAUACACUCGUUUUCAUUCAAAACAGCAAACUUAAUGUAAAACUUUGUAUUUUACAAAAAAAUUAUAUAAUAUAAUAAAAUAUAUAUACACAAA